AUUCAAUUUCUCUCUCUGCAUCUCCUAAGUUCACUCCGAGGCUGAGCUCGUCCUGGAACACCGCACGUGACCUGUUAUCUCCUCUCUCUACCUCUCCCUCUCCCUCUCCUAAGUUCACUCGGAGCUCAUCCCAUCCUGAAACAUCGCACGUGACCCGUUCUCUCCUGGGCUCUUCUCCGACUCUCUCUCCCUCAUCUUUCUCUCUCUUCGUCUGUAGAACCGGCGGGAAUGCAUUGUUCUCGACCUUUUGAAUCUCUGAACAGGUGAUCAAGAGUUGUAGAGCCAUGACUAGGACCACAGUAUUUGUUGAAUUGGGACUAACAUGUAGGAGCUUCCCCUCUUGAUCAUUUUCCCAUCAAGGCAUGGCAAUACGAUCUCCCCGCCAAAAUUCAAGGCUACUGCCGCGAAAGUUCCUUUUCAUCAUACUGCUGAUACUUGUGCCUAUUUGUGUGAUUAGUCUAUGGACUUAUGGCCAGAAAAUUUCUUACUUCUUCCGUCCUAUUUGGGACCACCCCCCACGACCGUUCAUACACAUGCCGCAUUACUAUGCAGAAAAUGUGUCUAUGGACCACCUUUGCCGCCUACAUGGCUGGUCCCUCCUAUCCCAACCUCGUCGUAUUUUUGAUGGCAUCAUCUUCAGCAACGAGCUAGAUCUACUUGAGAUCCGGUGGCGUGAGCUCUAUCCAUAUGUCUCAAAGUUUGUAAUCCUCGAGUCUAAUGUCACUUUCACUGGUAAUCCGAAACCUCCUUUUUUUGCUGCAAAUCGUGCUCGCUUCGCCUUUGCUGAGGAGAAGAUUGUUCAUGAUGUGUUUCCUGGUGAAAUGAGAAACCAAGGAACACACAAGGAUCCAUUUUUACUCGAGAGAAGGCAACGCAUGGCCAUGGAUUUCCUAGUUCGUAUUUCAGGGAUAUCCUAUGGUGACGUCCUGAUAAUGUCUGAUGCUGAUGAAAUCCCAAGCCCUCACACUCUGAAGCUACUUCAAUGGUGUGAUGGUGUACCACCAGUUCUGCAUCUUGAGCUAAAGAACUACAUGUACUCUUUUGAGUUCCCAGUAGACCACAGCAGUUGGCGUGCUUCUGCACACAUAUACGGCCCACAAACCCACUACCGCCAUUCACGCCAAACAGAUUACAUUUUCUCAGAUGCAGGAUGGCAUUGUAGCUUUUGCUUCCGGCUCAUUCAAGAGAUUGUGUUUAAGAUGACUGCUUACAGCCACGCAGAUCGUGUCACGCAGAAAGAUUUCUUAAACUUUUCGAGAAUUCAGAAGCUUAUAUGCGGAGGAGAUGAUCUUUUCGACAUGUUGCCAGAAGAGUAUAGCUUCAAGGAAUUGAUAAAGAAGAUGGGACCGAUACCCCGGUCGGCUUCUGCGGUUCAUCUUCCCGCCUACUUGAUUCAGAAUGCAGAUAAGUUUAAGUUCCUUUUACCUGGAGGCUGUGUAAGAGCACCAGAAUGAAGGUAUCUCCUCUAAGUUGUUUUUUACUUGAAACUGAUUGAGCAAGCAGGAAAAAUAUACAGUUAGCUUACUCAACAUUAAGAUCCAGUUGUAGAGGAAAAAUGCAAUAUCUAUUUUCAACUGUAAAAUACAUAACAAUACUUUUCUCUGGAAAGUGUUUUUGGUUUAUGGCUUCUUCACAGGUUAUUAAUGGCUAAACUAAAGUCUUGUAUUCCUUUCAAAUUUAAAAAGUAAACAUAAGUUCUUUCCUUUAAGAUAA